GGGUUGAACUGUACGCGACGCAGCUAACUUCCCCAAAUCCAUUUUCCGUCGAAAUCAAGCUCCAUUGCCCGUACAGUUUCCCGCAAUUCUUCUGUUGCUCAUAGAUCUCCUCGAUUCGUUGCUUGUUAUGGUGAGUAAAUCUGUGAGCGAAUUCGAAAACCCUAAGUGAGCGAUUCUCCGUUUUCGAAUUCGCUCAGGGAUUGCUUCUUCUUACUGGUACAGUUUUCUGCAAUUCUUCUGUUGCUCGUAGAUCUCAUCGAUUCGCAUCUUGUUAUUGUGGAUCCACACAGAGAGGUUCUCUGUUUGGAGCGUGUGGAGAAGAAUCAAUUAGAAAGUAGUUGUAGGCUCAAAUUAUUGAUGUAACUUGUAUGGGCCAGAGAAGCAGAGCUUCUAAUUAGGUUUUAGCCCUUUGUGAUGGAAACUACACUCAUGAGCCGGUGAUGCUUAUAUUCUUAAUUACUGCUGAAGAGAUCUCUAUGGUUCUCCGCAAGGGGAGGAAAUUCCCUACAAAAUUUUACGAGAAAAAAAAUGCUUCUAUCCCCGUCCAACGAGAAGAAAUAUUUUCAAAAUCUCCAUCUUCAUGGCAAAGAAAUUCACAAAACUCCAUAAAUUGCAGAGGAAAUUGCCAUAUCUAAAUCUAGGACUAAGUCAACUAAAGAAUUAAAAGUUCAUUAAAAUAAAAUGGUUUAAUACUCAUUUUGGUCCUUUUAUUAUAGAAAAAAGCUCUUUUUUGGUUCUUGUACUGAAAAAAUCUUUUUUUGUCUU